AUGUCCGUCCCGACGAGCAACAGGCCAGCACGCGUCCGUCAGCCCCGCUCCGAGACUCGCCACGCAAUGCAGGCUGAUGUUCUUGUAGAGGAGGCCGAAGCCCCCAUUGGCUAUUCGACCUUUCCCAAGACGGUCUCCGGCAACACCCAUGGGAUUCACGUCGACGAGAGCUCCAACGUUCAGUUCCGUAGCGAGGUCAUUCACAACGCCGAGGCGGAGGUCCAUUUCCACCAUGUACAAGUACUUCCCGCAUCACUUCCGCAUAACUAUGCUCAUUCCUACCGCAGCACGGUCGGCGACAGUUUGCUCUUCGCCGUAAAGGCCCGCUGCCCUCAUGUGGUCAUGGCUGUGUAUGGUCUGAGCCAUACUGUGAACACGCGUGUUGGGAGCGAUCUCAUCCGUAGCGUUAGUGGCGGCGAGCACAGAAGGCUCUCCGUCGCGGAGACCACCAUCUCUAAGGCGCCCGCCCGAUGCUGGGACAUCGCUUUGCCCGCCUCCGCGUACAAUCUCUUCGACAAGGACACCCUUCUCUACGAGGGCCGCCAGAUCUACUUCGGCCGCACCACCGGCGUUAAGGAGUUCUUCCUCAAGACGGGCUUCGAGUGCGCGGAGCGGCAGACCACCGAUCACUUCUUAACCUCGCUCACGAACCCGGCGGAGCGCAUUGUGCGCCCCGAAUUUGCGAAGAGCGAUCUUUAUACGCCGGACGAAUUUGCGCAGCGGAGGAAGGAGAGUCGCGCGCGGCAGCAGCUGCUCCGCGACAUCGAGACGUACAAUGCGCAGUUCCCGGUCGACGACAAGCAGUACAAGAGGUUUCAGCGCUCGUGCCGCAGUCAGCAGCCAAAGUCCUUGAGCGUCAAGUCCUCGUACACGCUCUCCUUCGGCAGGCAGAUCGGUCUUCGUGCCGAGCCAGCAGCACAGGAGCGACAUGAUCAACUUCUGUCACAGUAUUCGGUAACUUCGUCACGGGCCUCAUCAUCGCGAGUGUGUCCUAACAUGCAACCGAACACGGACACCUUCUACCGUCGUGGGGCUCUGCUUCAAAUUGCCGGCUCGACCAAGGCUUUCGCCGGUAUGUACGAGAUUCUGACCCUGUACGCUCAACGCCCCAUCGUCGAGAAGCACUCGCCCUUUGCUCUGUAUCAAUGGAUUUUGGAGGCCGUGGCCAGUAUAAUUCGUGGCCUGCCGUCAAAGAUCAACUACGAUCAACCUCGCCACGUACACAUGGGUCCCGGCAUCGUGAACCUGUCCGGCGAGGACUUUGUCUGCGCAACGACGGGUGCCGUGCCGGGAUCUACUAUCGUCUAUGGCAUGGGCUACGUCAGCAUGACCUAUAACUAUCAUCGCUCGCUCGUCUGGCGCAACUUCGGUAUUUCCAUCGGCUUCAUGGUGUUCUUCUGCGGGACGAAUUUUCUCGCGACUGAGAAGAUUGCGGCUGCGAAGCCUGAGGGUAAAGUCCUUGAGUUGCAGAGGAGCCGUCUUUCUAAGCGCCGUAGCCAGCACGUCGACGACGCGGCUGGCGGCGCGAAGUUCACGGAGGACAACAGCGUCGGCUCGGACUACACCGUGGCCGUCAUUCAGCCCUUCGCCGAGAUCUUUCACCGGCACGACGUCUGCUCCGACAUCAAGAAUGAGAAGGAGGACCGCCGCCUGGUCGAUAACGUCUGUUGGGUUAAGCCCGACACGCGACCGUUGUAG